AUGCAGGAGUCCACGGCGGCCACCGAUGCCGAACGUGUUCGGAUUUUUGCCGACUUCAUUGUGAGUGAGUCGAGGAUCAGGCGCGAAAGAUACUCGUCCGCAAUCGGUGCCAUGGGUUCAGAGAUCUUCGAUCUGACAAGAGAUCUGUUCCGCCCCAUGGUGACGAGACGGGAAUCCGGGGCCUCCCAGGCUGAGUGGACGCCCCAAUCAUCUGAGCCUACACGAUCGCAUCGCGGUUCGCUCAACUCGAUCUACCGCGAGACGCCCGGAGAGUCCAGUUCUGCCCCUGCGUCAGCAAACAUGCCGGGUUCGCCCAUCGGUGGUCCUACAAACAACCCCAAUUAUUCAUCCAACUACAUGCCGUCUCUUUCUCCGAUAUUGAGCCUCAGCGUCAGCGACAACUAUGACGGCGACUCCCGAGGUCGCCCAGCGAGUAGGUGGUGGGAAGCAGACUCUUCAGGGGAGGGCGGCAAGUUUAUUGAGAGAUCCAAGAGAGAGUCCAAGUACAUGGGCGUGCCCAAGGAAGCUCGGGAAGCACUUCAAUGGGAGGACAGCCCGCAAAGAUCUGAUACGUUCGCGGGGCCAAGCGACUCGGGCUCUUCGAAUGAUUACCCGCCCGAAAAGACGGGAUGGCAUGAGCAGGAGCCAGUAGUCACACCCCAGCCAUUGCGGUACUCUGCAAACUCUCUCGGAUCUUCAGCUUCACCCACGACGCCAAACCCGGCCCACUUGGAUGUCUCCCGUCUCGUCACUCUGCCACCACCUUAUCCCCGCCAUCACCCAGCCGUGAACAAUAACCACCCUGAGCUUACCGAGACGAGGAUGGCCGUCCGUAAAAUCAGCGACCUCUCCGAGAUCGAAGCCACCAAGGAAAGGUUCCAGGUGACUAGCACCAAGAAGCGCGAGGAGGCCGCAAAAGCCUCUGCUGAACGGCGACAUGCUCUGCGGAACAACCUCCAGCAGGAGGUCAAUGUCGGCAACAUGUCCUUUGCCGAGGCGUCAGCCAUCGAGCAAGAUUCCGUAGCCGCCGAGAAAGAGAAGCUAAAAGAACUCGGCAAGACGGAAUUUGAGCAGUUCCAAAGCCAGGUUGUCAUGCCGCUCAACGAUCUCGUCACCGGCCGCAUCGCAAAGGCCACGGCACUUUUCGACAAGCUGGCGAGUGGUCUCUUCGACGACGUCGCCAGCGCGGCGGAUAUGCCGCAGGAGGAAGGUGACGACAAGCCCGAGCUACUCGAGAAACUGACACUGCUCAAGUGGAUAUUCGAAGCUAGGGAGAUGCUGCACCGGGCCAUCUACGACAUUCUCACAGACCGCAAUAACCGGUACCGUGAGGUCGUGCUGACGCCCUACCGGCUCGCCGGCAACGAAGAGAAGCUCCGCAAUGCCGUGGGCUUCUUCGCCGAGGAUGCCGCGAAGCGGCAGCUGGCGUUCGCGCACGAGGUGUUCGCGCGCACGCAGGAAUUCCAGGCAGUCAUGGAGCAAAACGUCAUGCGCGGCGUCGAAGUGCAGCUUUCGGCGUUCUGGGACAUCGCGCCGCCUCUGUGCCGGCUGUUGGAAAAGAUCCCGCCGUACCUUGAGAACUUUAACAUCCAGAUCCCGACAGCCGAGUACGAGGAAAACCCGUCGUACCACAGGCACCCACUCCAAUACCUUUUUAGUCUGCUCCUGCACACGGAGAAGAGCACAUACCAGUUCAUUGAGUCACAAACGAACCUGCUCUGCCUUCUGCACGAGGUCAAGGAAGCUGUGACGCACGCCAAGGCCCGGGUCGUUCAGAGCGAGGCCGAGGAUGGCGAGGGUAGGGAGUAUGGCGAAGAAGAGCGUGAGGCGCGGGCGCAGCAUCUGCGGCACGAGGAGGGCCAAGUGCUGACGGUCGACUUGAAGGAGAAGGUGCGUGUCGUCCAGGACCAGUGGACCAGCGCUCUGGGCGAGAACAUAAAGAAUGUCAAGCAGAUGUUGGGGGAAUAUCUGUUGGAGACGGGGGGUUGGGAUGAGACUCUGGAAGAGGGCGGCGUGGGCAGUGUCUAG